UGUGUGUGUGUGUGUAUGUAGUAAAAUUUAAUAUACUUAGUAAAAAGGUGGGUUAAUGAACAAAUGUGUGUCAUGAUGUGUGACUAGACUUAGCAAUGGAUGGGUAAAUGAAUUAAAGAAUUUAUUGAUCAUGAAUGAGUAAGAAUGAAAAAGACAAAUUAUGAAUAUGAAAUGGGAUAAUACAUGAAAAAAUGUAUGUAUUUGUAGGCAUAAAGAUUUAACUCUGCAUUUUGAAAGAAGACGGAAAUUAUAGAAAUAUCAAAUUGCAUAUUGGGACCCAGUAUACUCACUUUUGACAUGUAAGUUGCCAAAUGUCGUUUAUGGUGUUAAGGAAGGUCUUUAGCAUAAAUAUUUCUUGAUGUGUGUGAUAUUGUUUAUUUAAUGUUCUUUUGUUUAAACAAAUAGGGCUUAAAAAGAGUAAAAAUGCCAACAGUUUGGUUGUUAGAUAUUGGAAACAAAUUUAUAUUAUAGUGUGUUAGUUUUUAGAAAUUAAUGGUAGAUAUCAUCACUAUUAUUAAUUCAUUCAUUAAUUUAUUUUCUUGAGUAACAGUUGAUACUAACAAGCAUUCUCUUUUGGGGGGUAUGGCAUUGGGAGGGGGUGUGUUUACAGCAAUAGGAGAUAAAGACACUAAUUUUCCCUCCCUUUCCUGCUGGCAUAUUGCUGAGAAUUUUGUUGAGAGUUCUAUGUUAUGAUUUCACCGACUUGUGACGAAUUUUGUACAAGUUGACCUUUAAUGGUUUAUCAAGGUGAUGUGAUGUAUAUAUUUUGUUUGUUUGUUUGUUUCAAGGAGUGCGUAUAAUAUUCAUCUGCUAUUCACAACUUAAUUUUGUCUUACCCAUUUUUAUUUGUUUAUAUAGAGACAGUAUUUCUCUGUGUAGUAAGAAAUGUUAAUAUAAAAGAGAAAUUUUGCUAAAAUUAUCAUAUCAAUGACAACUUUCUCUAUUGCAUUUCUUAACCAUGCUUAUUGUAUACUAAAGAAGGUCAAUAAGAGCAGCAUUCCCUACAGGUGGGACUGGACACUGACACAAUGAGGCAUGGCAGCUGUCAAGACUCUGCCCCACGGAAGAAUCUCUCCUCGGGCAAGCUACGCCGAUGCCCCCACUGCCCUUAUGUCACUACCUAUGCCACCAACAUGAAGAAUCAUGCCCUUACACACACAAAAGAAAAGCCCUAUGCCUGUCCAUACUGUCCUUACAGAUGUAUACAGAAAGGGAGCCUGAAGGUUCAUCUUUGCACGCAUACAGGAGAAAAGCCUUAUUCUUGCCCACACUGCCCGUAUCAGUCUGCUGAUAAUGGGAAUUUGAAGAGACAUAUUGCUACCCAUAUUAGAGCAUACUGUAAGAGAUACAAUGUUUAAGUCAGUCACAGUUUUCUUUUUAUAUAUUAGGAAACUUGUCAUUAGUAAAAAAAAAAGAAAAAGAAAAAAAGUGUAAUAAUAAAAGAUGAAUAAAGAUAAAGAUGUCUUCACCAGUGAUUAGGGACAUAGGCUUCAGAAUUAUUUUAAGUUCUGGAUAAUUUGUAGUCAUAGAAAGGUGUGGCAAGAAUGAUUUAAAUAUAGUUUGAAUAUGCAAUUUUGUUAGUUAAACUAGAUAUUUGAAUUGAUCAAGAACAAAUGGAAUAAAGUCUUAUCAACUGGGGAAAAGAUCAAAUGGCUGUAACUGGAUAGAUUAGUAAGCAUUUUUGAUGUUCCUUAUCUGCUUCAUAUCUGUGCAAUUAUCUCAUUUUAAAACAUCUGUUUAGAAUGAGAAUAGUUUUUGCUCUUUUUAUAAUUUAAUAUUGUAGAGCAGUUUUAUAUUAUGUAACUUUUCUAUCAGUUACUGAUAAACACUUUGUUUAAUGUACUUGAUCUGUGAAAAUGUGACCUUGAUUAGUAAGAGAACUUUUUUCUUAUUAAUAAAAUACCACUUGGAAUUAUUUUUCUAUGAA